AUGUCUUAUUAUCAACAAGGACCUCCUCCACCUCAAGGUUAUCCACAACAAGGCUACCCCCCUCCACAACAGCCAGUUUAUUAUCAACAACAACCACAACCUGUUUACAUUAAAGAAGAAGAAAAAGGAGGCGGUUGUUGUAGUGCAUUCUGUGGUACCUGUGCAGCUAUCCUCUGUUGUUGUUGUGCUGAAGGUUGUUUAGAUGCUUUGUGUUAG